AUAUCACCUCUGGGGAAAUAUUCAUGAUUAAUUGUUUACUUUGGAUUGCAAGGGCUACCUCCUAACAUCACAGUCACCAUACUACGAUUUCUUUUUAGUUGGUACCCGUACCCGUACCCACUGUGCUUAGCAAGUUGCUCAGCAAGUUAGGUACCUAAACGGUGGUACCUAGUCACCUAUUGGUGCUGCCAACUCAGCCUACAAAUCUUGGAAUUCGGUCGCAACGGUUGCCAUUCCCUUCGCGACUAAACUGGUACUGGUCUUACCUACUUGCCUACUACUGGCCACUGUCAAGAGCGCCCGCACUCUUUUCGGUAGGGAUUUAAAUCCUAGGCCCAACGUCGCCUAAGUUACAGGGCCGAAAACAAGUGCCUUUUAACCUAAAGGACCCUUAAGGGCAGCGCAAUUAGCCCUGAACAGCCACGAAACAGCGCGAUAUCAGUAGGGGAAAAAAAAAGUAACCUGCACUGGCCCCCUCCCCCCGUACGUGUUGUACCUCUCUUGGAAAGUGCACACGAAACAAUUCCCAACCAUCCCAAUCCUAGAUCGAUCUCUCCACGGGAUCUUUCACCCUUCUCUCUUAUAAUUUAUUGACAUUUGAAUAAAAUGUCAACGCCGACUACUGCAACGGCUACACUCCCUCCUCAUUAUCGUCAUCAUCAUCACUCAACUCAUCACUAUCCGCCCUAUUCAAAUUUACAGGGCGGUGGUUCCUCAUAUAGACCAGUUGCUGCAGUUUCUGGUGCUACUUCUGCAAACCCUAUCCUCCCCACCCCGGCUUCGACUGCCUCGACAGCGACCGUCUCUAAUCGACACCACGCCGCUUCUUCCUCAUCUUCGUAUACUACUACUAGUACAUCCUACGCCACGAGUCAAAAAAUCCAACCCUCUACAAAUGGAGUAACUGCAUCAGCAUCAGUAGCCACUGCGAGACCAACCAAAGAUUCCUCGAGAACCAAUUCUACUCCUCGGUUAGAUUCAAAUCACGCCAGCGCCAAUAUGCCUCCCUCGGUCGCCUCCGCCUCCGCCGCCUCCGUAGCCCAGUCCUUCCCCGAUAGCCAACCGAGAAAACGUCGUCGUUCCAAGGAACCGGAUUGGAAGAGUUUCUAUAAAAACGGCUUGCCUAAAGAAGUUAUUGUCAUACAUGACACCCCCGAGCCGGAGGAACAGAAGAUUUCGGUCGCUACCGUGUCACGAACAUACGCGAAUGGUGUUGGGAAUGACGCUACCCCCCGUCAUACAGCCAAGAGACGAAGAAAGGACCAAGUUAUUCAAAAUGAUGACUUGUACGAACCAAGUGUAAAUGGUUCUUACCAACAAACCUCUACUAGUGGUUCUACUUCCACCGAUCGCACGACGUCGGCUCACAAUACUACAGCUGCUACCUCGCUCGGGUCUUUGUCCUCGAAUAGUCAAUAUGAUUACGAGAAUCAUAAUAUCGGCCAAAAGAGGAAGAGGACCAGGCAACAGAUUGCCCAAGAAGCGAAGAGAAGGGAAGUUGAAGUUCUCGGCGAUGCUUUUGUCACAUAUCGCCCUCCUCAGAAGCCUGUCAAGAAAGCUGGUGAUGUGACUGUUAGGGUUGUCAAUGAUCGUUCCCACCAAAGCGGUGCUAGAGUUGACGACGACGAUGGUCAUUAUAUUGUUGUUCCAGAUGCUGAGCUCACAUCACAAUAUCAAAUGGUAAAACUGUUAGGGCAAGGUACUUUCGGCAAAGUUGUUCAGGCCCGCGACCGCAGACGAAAUAAGCUGGUUGCGAUCAAAAUCAUCCGAGCCGUGCAGAAAUAUCGGGACGCUUCCAGAAUUGAGCUACGUGUGCUUCAAACUUUGAAGGCCAAUGACGAGGAGAACCGAAACCGAUGUAUACACCUUCGGGACUGUUUCGACUACCGCGGACACAUCUGCAUAGUAAUGGACCUACUCGGCUCGAGUGUAUUCGACUUCCUCAAGAGCAACAACUUUGUUCCUUUCCCCAAUAGCCAGAUUCAGAGCUUUGCUCGUCAAUUAUUCACGAGCGUCGCUUUUCUCCACGAUCUAAACCUCAUCCACACUGAUUUAAAGCCCGAGAAUAUCCUACUUUGUGAUAGCGCUUAUCAGACGUUUACUUACAAUCGUAGGAUACCUUCCUCGUCGGCUGGUGUGAGUCGACAGGCUACUCAGCGCAAAGUCCUACUUGACACUGAGAUUCGGCUCAUCGAUUUUGGAUCUGCAACGUUCCAGGAUGAGUAUCAUUCAUCUGUUGUUUCGACCAGACACUACCGCGCACCCGAGAUUAUACUUGGGUUAGGCUGGUCUUUCCCCUGCGAUAUAUGGAGUAUCGGGUGUAUAUUGGUGGAGUUUUUUACUGGCGAUGCUCUCUUCCAGACGCACGAUAAUCUCGAGCACUUGGCCAUGAUGGAGAAUGUUUGUGAUAGUCGCAUAGACAGUCACCUCGUACAAGCUGUCAAUAAGAUGGCUACACGAAGCACGGGCAACGCCGCAUCCAAAUAUUUCAAGCGAUUAAGAUUGGACUAUCCUACCGCGGAAACUACACGAGCAUCUAGGCGAUUCGUGAAGAAUAUGAAACGGUUAAGUGAUAUCAUACCGGCCUCUAGUCCAUUUCUCAGGGCCUUCUUGGAUCUUUUGCAGAAGAUUUUCGUUUAUGACCCGGCGAAACGAAUCACAGCUCGGCAAGCUCUUGAGCAUGAGUGGUUCCGAGAGCCAGCCAUUCCAGAUGAUGGCACUGAGGCGGCGAAGAUUAGGUUAGAGCGUAUGAGGGGGGAGCACGAGUACCACCCGGCUCGAGGUCCGGCUGCGGGCUAAUGGUAAUGGGAUAACGAUUCCUCUAUAUUCCGAUGACACGGCGGUGAUACCAAGGCGAACCUGUAUAUUUGGGAUGGAUUUAGGCCUAGCAUACAGACAGACAUUG